GAAUUCUUACUAUAAAAGCCCCUGCUGUAGUAUUCUGGAUUAUCAGUUAGUUUUGAUAUAUCAACGUAAGCACAUUACUAAAGGAAGUAAACUAAAACUAUAAACAAUCAGCAAUAUGAAGUACCUAGCUAUUGGAAUCCUCUUCACCAUUUUUGCUUUCACAACUGCCCAAGAAUACAAAAUCAAGACCCAAGCUGAUCUUGCCAACAUCCGGAAGCAAUGCGUGGAAUUGAAGAAAAUCACACCCGAACAAGUUGAGAAGUACAAGAAAUUCGAAUUCACAGACGAUGAGAAGACCCGCUGCUAUAUUGAAUGCAUCUUUGACAAAUUUGGUCUUUUCAACGCUAAGGAUGGCUUCAAAAUUGAGAAUCUUGUUAAGCAACUAGGACAAAACCGUAACCAGACUGAAGUCCGAGCUGAAAUCCAGAAGUGUGUUGAUAAGAACGAACAACGCAGCGACUCAUGCUCAUGGGUGUUCCGUGGAUUCAAGUGCUUCAUCAGCAAGAACUUGCCAUUGGUGCAACAAAGCUUAAAAGCCAAUUAAGUAAAUUGAAUUUUAGGAAAAAAAACAAUUACCUAAUUACAAUUUUUAGCUGAAAACGGACUGGUUUAUUAUAAAUAAUUUUACUGCCUUUAAAUAAAUUUAAAUAUUGCUUCAAAACAAAAAUG